GGCAUGUGGGGAGCGGGGGCCCGGCGCGCCGCCGGCCUCAGUCUCGCGCCGCGGAGCCGCCGCCGCUCGCGCCCCGCGCCCCCCUCCCCCCCCCCGGCCUUCCUCCUCCUCCUCCUCCUCCUCCUCCUCCUCCUCCCCCCCCCUCCCCCCGCCAUGGCUCGGCCCCCCCCGCGCCGCCGCCCCCCCCCGGCCCCGGCCCCGCGCUGAGUGAGGUGCGAAGCCCCCCGCCGAAGCGCCAGCCCCGCUCCCGUGCCUUGCCCACCCUCGCCGCCCAGCCAAGGGCCACCUCCGCUCACGCAGCCUCCGCCGGCCUUCUCCUUUUUCCAUUUCUCCCCCGUUUUUGACCAUUUUCACACGCACACCCCCCCCCUCCGCCGCCUCCACGUCGCCUCGGGGGACCCCACCGCCGCUCCCGAGCCAGAAGAAGGGGACCCAGACCCCGCGCCGAGCCCCGCAGCCCCCCGCCGCCAACCCACCCUCGCGCCGCAGCCGAGAUUUUUUUCCUCCCCUCCGGUCCCCCCCCCCAGGCGCCACGAGACGGCGGCGAGAGCUGGAGGGCGGGGGGGGCAGAGGCUCUCCCCUUUAUUUAUUCUCUCCCCCCGGCCCCUCUCACCAUGAUGUUUCGCGACCAGGUCGGCGUGCUGGCCGGCUGGUUCAAGGGCUGGAACGAGUGCGAGCAGACUGUUGCGCUGCUCUCGCUGCUCAAGCGCGUGAGCCGGACCCAAGCCCGCUUCCUGCAGCUCUGCCUCGAGCACUCCCUGGCAGACUGCACCGAGCUGCACAUCCUCGAAGGGGAGGCCAACAACCCCGGAAUCAUUAACCAAUGGCAACAGGAAUCCAAGGAUAAAGUGAUUUCCCUAUUGUUAACCCACCUGCCUUUACUGAAGCCCGGAAACAUCGAAGCAAAAGUCGAAUACAUGAAACUCUUGCCUAAAAUCCUGGCCCACUCAAUCGAACACAACCAACACAUCGAGGAGAGCCGGCAGCUGCUGUCCUACGCCUUGAUACACCCCGCCACCUCGCUGGAGGACAGGAGCGCUCUCGCCAUGUGGCUCAACCACCUGGAGGACCGCACGUCGGGGAGCUUCGGCGGCCAGAGCCGGGGCCGGUCGGACUCGGUGGACUACGGGCAGACACACUACUAUCACCAAAGACAGAACUCCGACGAUAAACUCAACGGAUGGCAAAACUCUCGAGACUCGGGCAUAAGCGUCAGCGCUUCCAGCUGGCAGGACAAAAACCUGGCGUGCGAGAACGGCCAUCUGCCCCUCUACUCCUCCUCCUCCGUCCCCACCACCAUCAACACCAUCGGCACUAGCACAAGCACGAUUCUCUCAGGCCAGACACACCACAGCCCUUUGAAACGCUCUGUGUCCCUUACCCCACCCAUGAAUGUGCCAAACCAGCCUCUAGGACAUGGAUGGAUGUCUCAUGAGGACUUACGAGCUAGAGGACCCCAGUGCAUCCCUUCCGAUCAUGCCCCCCUGUCUCCACAAAGCAGUGUAGCCUCUUCGGGAAGUGGUGGGAGUGAACAUUUAGAAGAUCAGCCUUCCGCUCGUAACACAUUCCAGGAGGAAGGGAGUGGUAUGAAAGAUGUUCCAGCCUGGCUGAAGAGUCUCCGGCUGCACAAGUACGCGGCGCUCUUCUCGCAGAUGACGUACGAGGAGAUGAUGGCCCUCACCGAAUGCCAGCUGGAGGCACAAAAUGUUACCAAAGGCGCAAGACACAAAAUAGUCAUCAGUAUCCAAAAGCUAAAAGAAAGACAAAACCUGCUCAAGUCUUUAGAAAGGGACAUCCUGGAAGGCGGCAACCUGCGUGUCCCGCUGCAGGAACUACACCAAAUGAUCCUCACCCCCAUCAAAGCCUACUGUUCCCAAACCUCGAGCCCAGAGGAGCACGGCCGGGACGCGGACUCGCAUCACCCCCCGUCCCUGCUGGGCUCGGACAGCCAAGGCUCCGACUGCAAGGACUCUGCCACGGGGGGCAUGCAGCAGCACCACUUGCCGGGGUGCGAGGGCGAGUCGGGGGGGGCCCCUUUGCCCGAAGGCGACCUGCCCGGCCAGUUCACGAGAGUGAUGGGGAAAGUAUGCACACAGCUUUUAGUUUCCCGACCCGAUGAAGAGAACAUAAGCUCCUAUUUACAGCUUAUAGACAAGUGUCUAAUUCAUGAGGCGUUUACAGAGAUCCAGAAGAAACGGCUGUUGUCAUGGAAACAGCAGGUGCAAAAACUCUUUAGGUCUUUCCCUCGGAAAUCCCUCCUGGAGCUGUCGGGCUAUCGGCAGCAGCGGAGCCGAGGCUUUGGCCAGUCCAACUCCUUGCCGACAGCCGGAUCCGCAGGGGCAGGGCUGGGCAGGCGAAACCCCCGCCAGUUCCAGAUCCCCUCCCGCAACCUCCCCACCGCCCGCCUGGGGCUGCUGGGUCCCAGCGGGCUGCUGGGCACCCCCCAGCGCAGCCCCGCCGCCAGCCCCGCCAUCCUCAAGCAAGGCAGACAGAACCUCUGGUUUGCCAACCCUGGGGGCAGCAACAGCAUGCCCAGCCGGAGCCACAGCUCGGUGCAAAGGACGCGCUCGCUGCCGGUGCACACCUCCCCGCAGACCAUGCUGAUGUUCCAGCAGCCAGAGUUCCAGGUGCCGGUGACUGAACCUGACAUCAACAACAGGCUGGAGUCCCUGUGCCUGAGCAUGACGGAGCACGCGCUCAGCGAUGGUGUCGACCGGACCUCCACGAUCUAGAGGACGGCGCGGCGGCGGCGCUGGCCAGGAGAACAACUGCUGCAGGUCCAGCGGCGAGGUCCGGGCGCGCGCGGGAGCCUCAGCGACAGCUUGCAUCCUUUUCUCUCUUUCUCUCCUCUCUCUCUUUCUCUCUCUCUCUCUCUCUCUCUCUCUCCUGUUUUAAUUUUGUGAAUGUGUAGAUUGUCCUUGUGAACAUAUCACUAGACUUGGAAUUUGUGUUGUCAUUUAUUACAUCCAUGCUAAGGGGGAAACGGCAAAAAAUAAACGGCGAUGAUGGAAAAAAAAAAAAAAAAGCAUGGGGAGGGUGGGGGGGAUGCGGCAGGAAAGUGCUGACAAUGAGGCUUCACCAGCGCACCGUGGGCAGACCCUGUUUCUGAACCAGGCGACGAAUCAAUAGCACCUGCGGGUGACCAAAGCCCUUUGGGGAGGAUUUGCAAGGGCCAGGGCAAGUGGAGACCCUGCGGGUGCUGCCACCUGCCCGGUCCCUGGCCUUGUCCCAUCGGUGCCAUUUGCAAAAAUGCCCCAUGGCAUCGCCGGCUCGCAUUUUGCUGAGUUCAGGGGCUGGACCAGCAGCCGAAAAAGGGCGAGCAAAUUCAAAAAGAAAACAAAAAAAAAAAAUCCAAAAAAAAAAAAAUCCAACAAAGCUUCCUUUCAGUUUUGCAAAGAGCACCCGAAAUGGCGACCUGCCUGUUGUUUACACGGCAGCGGUGUCGAAGGGCGCGCACUCCUGCUGCCGGGGGUUGUGUCUGUCUGUCCGGCCGCCCUCGCGGUGGCCGGCUGGCCAAGGGCCCGGGGAUGUCGGCGAGGGGCGAUGCUGUGUGCAGUGAGUGUCCGUUUCUCUGUCUUGUGGGUAGCGGGAAGGUGCUGCAUCCUGGCUUUACACAUCUGCCCAGCCUGCCCGAACCGCUUCUAAAUCCUGUUAAAACCCCAUUAAAAAGGGGCUUUUCCAGCCCUGGGAUGGCCGGGGGGGGGGUCUUGGCUGUCAGGCGAGGGGAGGUUUGGGAGCGAGCACAUAAACAUCGUGCACAAAUAACCAAGCGAGAGUGCAGCGAGCACCAAAAGGCCGCUCCGGUUUGGGGCACGAAACGCACCAGGGAGGGGAUGUGGAUUAGGGUGGCUCGUGCUCACCUCCUCUAACAGCCUUGGUGGAGGAAAUUAAUAACAACUACAGAAAUCUCGAUUGCUCAAGGCAGGAGCGUGGUCUCCUGCGGGUUGGUUUUGCUGUAAGCACGGCCGUAGCCCGGGCUGAGCUAAGCGAAGGCUGCGAGCGGGGUCACGGCGGCGCUGCCAGAACGGGCUCGGCCAAAAGCCUCGGUCGGCCGCUCUGCCGGGAGCGGGGUUUCAGUGCAAAGACCUCGGCAGGGUCAUUUCCAAAGCGGGCUGAGGGCUGAGCAGGGCUGGGGAGGGCUGGUGGCGGCUGCUGGCAGAUCUGGAAACCGGCUUGCGAUGCAGCAUUUUUAAGUAGUUUUAUAUAUAUAUGAAAAAAAAAAAAAAAAAGGUGCCAAAUGUUUUAUGUUUGCUAUUUCUUGGUUUCCUGUUUACCGGAAGGCUUGAGGUGAUGUUUACGGGAGGGAGGAGAGCGGAGGAGGAAAACCAGAGCCCAGGAGGGGCUGGGAAGUGUUGCAAGGAGCCAGAAAAUGAGCGGGGCAGGGGAGGGGGGCGCGGCGAGGCUGGGGGGCACCCAGCACCCGCGGCAAGCGCGAGCACCGCGGCGCCAGGCUUUCGAAAGGAAGACCCGAAGCUGAGAUUCUAUUUAUUCCUUUGCUGAAUAUAGAAACAGAGGUUAUCUGACUGUUAGAGAGAUUAUUUUGGAUAUAUUACUUGUGAACUUGCUAUGGCUGGUAACCAUGAUAAUGUCUGUUAUUAACAACCACCAAAUAAUUCGUUGUUUUUCUUUUUUUUUGUUUUAUUCUUUUUUAAGCUUAUUUUCCAUUGACAGUGUAUAGGUUAAUAACUACUUAGUUGUGUUUGCUGUUCCUUGUUUUUAAGUAAAAAAAAAAAAAAAAAAAAAAAGUGGCUUCAGUUACAUUUUGGAAGUCCUUCCUGGCUCUGUGGGAGGCCUGUGCUGAGUGCAGGUAACAGAGCUCGGUUUAAAGAUUAAAGAAAAAAGAAACACACAAAUAAAAUCCUAAAAUUAAAAAAAAAAUAUUUAUAAAAAAAUAAAACUGAAAAAAAAAAAAAACAGUUGCAUGAAUGAGGCUGUGAAGUCAAAUAUUUAGUAAUAAAGCGGCAGUGCCUUUCUUUUUUGUAUUCACCCCACGUGCAACUGUUCCCUGCGGCUCCCGGCCCGCCGGCGUUCGCCGCUUUUUGGUCUCGCCCCGCGUUGGGCGCGCGGCCCCGGCAGCUCCCACCAGCUCCUGGUGCUGAUGCCCGCGGCCCCAAACCCGGCACCCCAAUCCGGGAUGGCCCCGCGGGGCCGCGACGCUGAGGAAAAGCCCUUUUCUUUUGAGGUGUCGCCGUCCUUCUCCAGGGGGACGAGGCCUUCGCCGAGGCAGGAGCGCGGGCGCUUGAUGCGAGCCGGCGCCUUUGGGUGCUCGGCUCGUGACACAAAUCGCUGGGGGUGUCGCCGCGGCCCCGCCACGCUAUGGCUCGCGGUCCACGGGCCAGGGUUGGGUCAGCACGUAGCGCGAGGAUUUCUGUUGUCACCUUUCUCCAUGUCGGGGCGCGGGGAUGCGCCCCCCCCUCCCCCCCCCCCCCCCCCGGGUUGGCUUUCUGGAUGUGCCUGAUGGAAAGUAGGUCCUGCAGACGUAUAAUUUGCACACAGCUACGAUAUAACACUAAAGUUGAUUUUAUACAAGUCAUCAGAGUUUGCAAAGUGAGUUUUAUUUUUUGUAUUCCUUUAUCUUUACUUAAAGGUGAAUGUGUAUUCCUCUGGGAGGAAUAGGAAGAAAAAAAAAAAAAACACAAAAAACAGGAAUGUUAAUAAUGUUAAACAGAAUACUUCCUCCCUUAUUAAUAUAUAACCCUUAUGUAUUUAUGCAUAUUGUAAGCUUACUUUAAAGAGCUUUGAACUCUCUUCUGUUGCAUGCCGUUUCCGGGCAGACUUUUAUUGUACAUGCAUGCAUUUAGUCCUGUUUUUUCUGUACAAAGUUAGUGCACAAAGAAAUAUUUUUGCCUAGUUAAUGUUGCCAAGCAAUGCAUAUUUUUUAAAUUUUGUCAUAUAUGGAAAUAGCAUGUUUGUUACAUGUAAAAGCUUCCUGAUAUAAAGAAAUACUAAUGUUUGGAGAUGCUGGUCUUUGCAAGUGUACAGUUUUCAAAUGUUGUUACCAGUGAAACACCCUUGUGAUUUAAACUUGCUCCAAUGUAUUUAUUACUCAUUUCCUCCCAUGUAACUAGGAAUCAUGGCUAUAUUUCAUAUCAACGUUAUAUUGAAAGUGAAGGGAGAUGAUUAAUACAAGGUUUUGUAACAGU